AUGGAACUGAUGGAAGGUGUACAACACUUCAAAAUUCCACUAGAGGAGAUAAAUUUGGCCACCAGAAACUUUAGCGAUGAAAAUUACAUUGGUAAGGGUGGAUAUGGAACCGUAUAUGCAGCAAAACUUUUCCUAUCAGGGCAGCAGAGAACUGUUGCUAUAAAACGGUUAAAUGAUACCUCUAAACAAGGGAAACGUGAGUUCUUGAUGGAAAUUCAGUUGCUUUCACGCUACAGACACAAAAACAUCAUAUCACUUGUUGGGUUCUGUGACGAAAGUAGUGAAAAGAUACUUGUUUAUGAGUAUGCAAAACAUGGAAGCCUUGACAAGUAUCUAUGCAGCUCUGAACUCUCCUGGAUGCAACGUCUCCAAAUAAGCCUUGGUGCUGCCCGUGGCCUUAAUUACCUUCAUAAUGAUGUGGGACCCCAACAUAGAGUCUUGCAUCGCGAUAUAAAGAGCUCUAACAUUCUGCUCGAUGAGAACUGGGAAGCAAAAAUAUCUGAUUUUGGAUUAUCAAAAAUAGGCCCUUCAAAUGUGGAGUUCACUUGUCUUUUCACUGGAGUUUGUGGCACAAUGGGCUAUCUUGAUCCUGAAUAUCUAAAUACUGGCGUUCUAACAAAGGAAUCAGACGUCUAUUCGUUUGGUGUGGUGCUUUUUGAAAUCUUGUGUGGUAGGCUAGCAAAUAGUAAAUAUCAAGAUACGAGUGUGUUACUUUCUUCAUUGGCGCCAAAGUGUUAUGACGAAAACAGAUUAGUUGACAUUAUACAUCCUAGUGUAAGAAUUCAAAUGAAGGUAGAUUCGUUGGACGUUUACUCAAUGGUCGCAUAUCAAUGCUUAAAAGAAAAUAGAACUGAACGCCCAACAAUGGCUUGGGUUGCAGAAAAACUUGAGAAGGCAUUGGAACUUCAAGCUGGUUGCAAAGUAGAAAAAUUUAUUCGGAUUGGAACAUGGGGAAGACAAGGUGGAGAUCCUCAAGAAUAUUGGUCUUUUCAACUUGAAAAAGACACUUAUUUGUCGAAGAUUACCAUUGGUCAUGGAAAAACAAUAUACUCUCUCACAUUCACUAGUAAAUAUAAAGGGGGUGUGCACACUUCUAAAACGGUUGGUGGUGGGACCAAUGGAGACAAUGUUAAUCCUGUGGUCACUAGUGAAUCUACAAGCUUUUUGAAUUUUACUAGAAAGGUCAGUGGUUGGGCCAGUGGACACAAGGUUUCUCAGGUCAUUCUUGACGAUGAUGAGCAAAUAAUUAGCAUUGAUGGGAGCAUUGGUACUCGAGAUGGUUAUAAAACAAUUUCUUCACUAUCUUUUAUGACCAACAAGAGGACCCGUGGACCUUUUGCUUAUGAGCAAAUCAUCAAAGUUGGAACAUGGGGAAAGACUCAAGAACAUAGAGGCUUGUUACAAAAUUCUAGACUGGCUGGUGGCUGGAAAUUAGAAGAGACGCGUACUGAGGUUAUGUUUGAUUGGGAUGAGGAAAUACGUGCCAUUAAUGGAACGGUUGGGCUAUCAAGGGGAGAUGAUCCUGGUUGCGUAGUAAUAACAUCAAUAUCAUUUGUGACAAACAAAAGAACCCACAGACCUUUUGGUAAUGAACGAGGGAAGCCUUUCACAAUAUCAUGGGAUGAUUGCUCUUUUAUGGGUUUCUAUGGUGCUGCUGGCUGGUAUAUCGAUAAGAUUGGAGUCUAUCUAAAGGCUACUACAUAAACUCUUCUCUUGACUAUAUUAUUGUGCUCAACAUUUUCACUACAACAUAAGUACAUUAUGGUAUGUUUUUUUCUAGAGGUAUACAAGUCGGUAUUUGAAGUACUUAGCAACGUCGUAAUUGUAACUAAAACUUUGUAGUUGUUGGUAACAUGUCAUAUGUAUACACUAUAUUUAACAAUCCUUGCC